UCCAUUCCAGACUCAAAUUGGGCAGUAAACCAUGAAAGGUGGAAAAGUGAAGGUGAAGAAGUCCACCGAUCAAAAUUUAUCAAAUCCUUACGCACAGUAUAUCGAAUCAAUUGAAUCGUCAUCCAAAUCGAAGCCCUCCUUACCCGGAUCCUCGUCCUCGAAACGAUCAAUCACUUCAGCUGAUCCAAUAAUUGAUUCCAAGGACAAGAAUGAUCAGGAGGCGUUGGACAUGGUUUCAGCUCGCAGGGAUUUGGAGCUCUGCAAGACUCCUGAAGAAAUAUCUGCACUUAAAGCGAACCUACAACCGAAAAUUAUUAGACGACUAAAGAAGUUAUCGGACAUGGAGCAGAUACCUAGAGUAGGAAAAGAGAUUGCAGAUGCAGCCGAUUUCCUCCAAUUACUGAAUCGUUGAAAUUGGGAAGAUCAGUCAGACGAGUCGUAAAGGAGUAAUUAGUUUACAGGAUGGAAUGAUGCAACUGAAUCAUGCCCAAGAGACGUUGCUCGCUCUGGUUUGUUCCCUGUCUCUCGACGAUAACAAUGAUCACUGAUUGUUUCCUCCGUCUGUUUGUUUGUUUCUUUUUCUUUUCAUUAUGGUCCUGUUUGUGUGUUUGGAUUGAACUUGAAUCAAUGGUAAUGAUAUGACUACUGUUUA